CUUGUACCUCAGUCUAGGGUACCAAGCUUCGGAGUCGUUGAGACUGAGGGAGUGAGAGAGGGACGCAGGGUGUUCUUCGGAGAACGAAAUCUGACUGCAUGCUGAUCUCCGGCUCUGCGAGUUUCCCUCCAUCGCCAUGAGAGGCCAGGAAGAAGACCCUAGUCUCCGAGGCUCCAUGGCUGGCUUUGUAGAAGCAUGACUCCAGCUACGUCUGACGGCCCUGUUGCCUUUUUUAUGGGAGCUACCGCCGCACCUAUACUCGUGGGGAUUUAAGCUCUUCCGGGACACCCCUCCCCCCUACGGUUAACCCCCGAGUGGGUGAUAUAGCGAGACAAUGGCGAACAACUCGUACAGCGGAGUGAAGAACUCCAUCGUGGAGGCCAACCACGAUGGCGACUUUGGCUGCACGCUCAAAGAACUGCGCUCCCUCAUGGAACUGCGAGGCACGGAGGGCCUAAGCAAAAUAGGGGAAUGUUACGGAGACGUUCACGGACUCUGCAGCCGAUUAAAAACCUCACCCACGGACGGUCUAAGUGGGCAGCCGGCAGACAUCGAGAAACGGAAAACAGUGUUUGGGCAAAAUUUGAUACCGCCCAAAAAGCCCAAAACAUUCUUGCAAUUAGUGUGGGAGGCGCUGCAGGAUGUCACGCUGAUUAUCCUGGAAGUGGCAGCCAUAAUUUCACUUGGCCUUUCUUUUUAUAGACCUCAAGAUGCUGAAAGAGAAGACUGCGGGAAGGCCGCCGGCGGCGGGGACGACGAGCACGAGGCGGAGGCGGGCUGGAUCGAGGGAGUUGCCAUCCUGCUGUCGGUCAUCUGCGUGGUGGUAGUGACGGCGUUCAACGACUGGAGCAAAGAGAAGCAGUUCCGCGGCCUCCAGAGCCGCAUCGAGCAAGAGCAGAAGUUCACCGUGGUCCGCGGCGGGCAGGUCAUCCAGAUCCCCGUGGCGGAGAUUGUCGUAGGCGACGUCGCACAAAUAAAAUACGGGGACCUUCUGCCCGCCGAUGGUGUCCUCAUCCAAGGCAACGACUUGAAGAUCGACGAGAGCUCGCUCACGGGCGAGUCGGACCAUGUCAAGAAGACACAUGAUAAAGAUUUAAUGCUGUUAUCAGGCACCCACGUGAUGGAGGGCUCGGGGAAAAUGCUGGUCACGGCGGUGGGCGUCAACUCUCAAACUGGAAUUAUUUUCACGCUGCUCGGGGCCGCCGAGGACGAGGAUGACGACGACGACGGUGAUGACGACGAAAAGAAGGAAAAAGAGGACAAGAAGAAGCAGAAGAAAAACAAAAAGCAGGACGGCUCCAUUGAAAACCGGAAGAAAGCAAAAGCGCAGGAUGGCGCCGCCAUGGAAAUGCAGCCCCUGAACAGUGAUGAGGGAGCCGAUGCGGAAGAGAAGAAGAAAUCCACUCUGCCUAAAAAAGAGAAAUCUGUCCUCCAGGGCAAGCUGACCAAACUCGCCGUACAGAUCGGCAAAGCGGGAUUGGUGAUGUCGGCCAUCACCGUCAUCAUCCUGGUGGUGCUCUUUGUGGUCGACACCUUUUGGAUCCAAAACCUCCCCUGGGUCAAGGCCUGCACGCCCAUCUACAUCCAGUUCUUUGUCAAAUUCUUCAUCAUCGGUGUCACUGUGCUGGUGGUGGCUGUCCCCGAAGGCCUCCCGCUCGCCGUCACCAUCUCCCUGGCGUACUCCGUCAAGAAAAUGAUGAAAGACAACAACCUGGUGCGUCACCUGGAUGCCUGCGAGACAAUGGGGAAUGCCACGGCCAUCUGCUCCGACAAGACAGGGACGCUCACCAUGAACCGCAUGACGGUGGUGCAGGCCUAUGUCGCCGAGAAACACUACAAGCACGUGCCGGAACCGGAGAGCAUCCCGGCCUCCGUUUUGGAUUUCCUCAUUCUGGGGAUAGCCGUCAACUGCGCUUACACGACCAAGAUCAUGCCUCCGGAGAAAGAAGGCGGCCUGCCUCGGCAAGUGGGGAACAAGACCGAAUGUGCCUUGCUGGGAUUUUCCACCGACCUGAAGCGCGACUACCAGACCAUUCGCAACGAGAUCCCAGAGGAGAAGCUGUACAAGGUGUACACCUUCAACUCGGUGCGCAAGUCCAUGAGCACCGUGCUGAAGAUGGCCGACGGCAGCUACCGGAUGUUCAGCAAGGGCGCCUCGGAAAUCCUCCUCAAAAAGUGCUAUAAAAUCCUGACGGCGUCCGGCGAGUCCAAGGUGUUUCGCCCGCGAGAUCGAGACGACAUGGUGAAGAAAGUGAUCGAGCCCAUGGCCUCCGAAGGACUGAGGACCAUCUGCCUUGCAUAUCGAGAUUUCGCCGUGAAGGACGGCGAGCCCGACUGGGACAACGAGACCGACAUCCUCUCCGGGCUCACUUGCCUCUGCGUGGUGGGCAUCGAAGACCCCGUGAGGCCUGAGGUCCCAGACGCCAUCAGAAAGUGCCAGCGCGCCGGCAUCACGGUGCGGAUGGUGACGGGCGACAACAUCAACACGGCGCGCGCCAUCGCCAGCAAGUGCGGCAUCCUGCAGCCCGGAGACGACUUCAUCUGCUUGGAGGGCAAAGAGUUCAACCGACGGAUACGCAAUGAAAAGGGCGAGAUCGAGCAGGAGCGGAUUGACAAAAUCUGGCCCAAACUCCGAGUGCUGGCUCGUUCUUCCCCGACCGACAAGCACACUUUAGUCAAAGGUAUUAUCGACAGCACCGUGAUUGAGCAGAGGCAAGUCGUGGCCGUCACGGGUGACGGCACCAACGACGGUCCCGCCUUGAAGAAAGCCGACGUCGGCUUCGCCAUGGGUAUCGCCGGCACCGACGUGGCCAAGGAAGCGUCCGAUAUCAUCCUGACGGACGACAACUUUUCCAGCAUCGUCAAGGCGGUCAUGUGGGGGCGCAACGUUUACGACAGCAUUUCCAAGUUCUUGCAAUUUCAACUGACCGUUAACGUGGUGGCUGUCAUCGUGGCGUUCACGGGCGCCUGCAUCACACAGGACUCUCCACUGAAGGCGGUGCAGAUGUUGUGGGUCAACCUGAUCAUGGACACCUUCGCCUCGCUGGCGCUGGCCACCGAGCCGCCUACGGAAGCCCUGCUGCUCCGGAAACCAUACGGCCGCAACAAGCCGCUCAUCUCUCGCACCAUGAUGAAGAACAUCCUGGGCCAGGGCGUGUACCAGCUGGUCAUCAUCUUCACGCUGCUCUUCGCCGGAGAGACCUUGUUCGACAUCGACAGUGGCAGGAAGGCGCCGCUCCGGGCGCCGCCGUCGGAACACUACACCAUCGUCUUCAACACCUUCGUCCUAAUGCAGCUGUUCAACGAGAUCAACGCCCGCAAGAUCCACGGCGAACGCAACGUCUUUGACGGCAUCUUCAACAACCUCAUUUUCUGCAGCAUCGUCUUCGGUACCUUCAUCAUCCAGAUUGUCAUCGUGCAGUUUGGAGGGAAGCCAUUCAGCUGCGUGGCUCUCACCAUCGACCAGUGGCUCUGGUGCACUUUCUUGGGUUUCGGCUCACUGCUGUGGGGACAGGUCAUCUCGUCGAUCCCCACGAGCCGCUUAAAGUUCCUGAAAACGGCGGGCCACGGCACCCAGAAGGAGGAGAUCCCCGACGAGGAGCUGGAGGAGCUAGACGACAUGGACGAGAUCGAUCACGCCGAGCGGGAGCUCCGUCGCGGCCAGAUCCUUUGGUUCCGCGGCCUCAAUCGCAUCCAGACUCAGAUGGAUGUAGUGAGUGCGUUCCAGAGCGGAACUUCCUUUCAGGGGGCUCUGAGGCGUCAGGCCUCCAACUCCAGCCAGCAGCAGCACGAUAUCCGCGUGGUGAAUGCAUUCCGCAGCUCCAUCUCCCUCUAUGAGGGCCUGGAGAAGCCCGAGUCGCGGUCCUCCAUCCACAACUUCAUGACCCACCCGGAAUUUCGGAUAGAGGACUCUGAGCCGCACAUCCCCCUCAUAGACGACACGGACGCCGAGGACGACGCGCCCACCAAGCGCAACUCGGCCAGCCCCCGCAACGCCUCGCCCGCGCCGCCCUCGCCGGCCAGCGCCACCCCGCCUUCCGGCAGCCCCACCCUCAGCCCCGCCUCCCCCAACCAGAACAAUAACGCUGUGGAGAGCAGCAACCACCUCCUCCCGGAGGCCACCAAAGCGGGCGAGACCCCCGUGCCGGGCAGCCCCUUACACAGCCUGGAGACCUCUCUUUGAUCGCAAAGCACGCCCACCUCCCCAAAAGGCACCUUACCACUUUUCUACACCGGGGGGGUGGGGGUUGGGGGGCUGUGCUGGGCGGGGCUGGACAAACAGUGGGAGGAAUGUAACGGCUUGUGUGGAUACUUCUUCUUCGCUUCUUCUUCUUAAACCACGCCAGGACGCUGCUGCCUUCCCGCUACCCCAACCCCUUCCCCACACACACACACACACACACACACACACACACACACACUUUUGAUUUGUCUGUCGAGACAAAGGCGUGAUCAUAAACUCUUGAUUGAAAGUGACCUGGUUUUUUUUUUUCUUAUUCUACUCUUAUUAUUAAUAUGAUUUGAGAUACGAGGAGGAGAUCCUCGCAGCUUGACGACGACAGAACCUUUCCGCUUCUCUUUAAUCUCGAUGGUGUUGUAUAUUUAACUCUUCGGCCCUCUUUCACGCACACACACACACAGAAAAAAACAAAACUCAUUUCUGCUCCAUUUGGCUGUUAAUAUUUUGACUUAUUUAUGUUUAUGGAGGGGGAAAAAAAGCAGGUCUGUUUACAAAGUCUGUAGAUACUUUUUUUCCCCUGUUUGUAGGCAAAAGAGCUUCCUGAUGUAUGAUGCAGAAAAAUGGGGGACAGAUUUUAAAAAGAACUGAGAAGAUUAUUUCAGAUACUGCUGUAUUUUCAGGAAAAAAAGGGUGUUUCUAUUGAAACUUAAGUAUUUUUGCCUGCAAGUUUUAUUUGUUAUAUAUUUGUAGAUAAACAUAGAAACUUCUAGCCAAACCAAUAAACAAGUCUUGUAUAGAGAAGGAGGUCGGCCCGGCACGGCCCCCUGAUGACGUGUUUUGGAAAAUUGCUAUAAAUAUUUACUCUAUAGUUCCCACGUGCACAAAACCUUCUAGGAGAAAAAAGAAAUCCUCAUUUUUCAUCUGUUAGCUUGUGUUCCAAGAUUUCCACAUGUUGAAAGCUUUUCACCAUAAAAAAGGGAGCUCGUAUUUAGCAAGCGUGGCCUCUUCCCAAACAUAUUCAGAACAAGGUGACGCACUUUUUAUUGGCGCAAAAGGAACAACAACACAACUUGAGUUCAAUUGAGACAAAAUUAGCCAGUGAAUGUGCCUUGGCUCGAGUCAACGUUCAAGCUUGAUCAACCCUGCGGAUGCUUGCUAAAUAUAGACCCCACCCUACAGUUGUUUUUCGUUCUUGGAAUCUGUGUACUUUACAUUUUUAGUGUUUCUCAGCCCCCUUCACAGAUCUAAAAUGUUCCGCUUUCUUCCCCACCUUACACACAGUGGAACCAUUUUUGGACACCUGAUUUACUGGAAACACUAAAAAGGAUAUCUAUUUUCUUUUUUAAAGAAUAAAGAUGAGGCAUACACUGGUAUCUAUCUGCACAGGGUACUUUAUUUCCUAGCAGGAGUUUUGAUACAGACAACAACAAAUGUACCUUUGUAUUUUUAUGACGAUAAACUGAUUUAUUGAGCUUUCAUCAUGCUCACAAGACAGCUUGCAGAGGAUUUGACACUGCGGGGAGGCCACGCAAAUGUGUGUUGUUCUGGAACAUUCAUCUCAGGGUGCAAAUAGGUUUGAGGGAGAGAGAGAGAACAGACCUCUUUUUGUUUGUUUUUGUAUUUUUGUUUUGUUUGGUGGCUGCAUGGUUUACCAGCAGCCCCCCCCCCCCCCUACCCUCACCCAUAGGCGUGUGGAAUAAACAUUGAGAGGGAGCUGGCCUGUUGUCCUUGUUUGGUUUUACAGAUAUGACAAAUUAGCAGCUGGGAAGACCUUGAAAAUACAAAAAGCGGAAUCCAUACCAGGAGUUUGCUCUGUCGCUUCUUCCUGUAAAACGCAGGAAUGAAUGUUUUUUUUGUUUCCCAUCUGUUUUAUGGAUUAUUAUUUUUUUAUCUUUUAACAUUUGGAAAUAAAAGUACUUCAUGUCUGUUUAUCUUGAGCAUUUUAAAUGGAUAUCGUGAUUGGAUUUACAUUUGAAACUUGUCGAGUAAUGUGUAUGGUUUUUAAAAAUAAAUAAUGUAUUUAGCCUAUG